AUGGAUUGUUGUGUUAAAUAAAAUCCUAAAGAAAAUCAAUUUUGUGAUUAAUAGAAUAGUUAAUUAAAAAGUAAAAUGUUAAAUAACAAUAGAGUCAGAAAAUGAACUAGCUGAAGAAUAAAUCAUAAAUAAUGUCAAACUAAGAUAUGGAGAAAUUUGCGAGCAAAAGCAACAAGUAAAUUUAGGGUGCUGCAGUACUUCAGGCUGUGGAACUAUAGAUUAUGCUUUAUUCGCUGAAAAAUAUUAAAACCUUUAAGGAUACAUUCCAGAAGCUGAUUUAGGAUUAGGAUGUGGGAUUCCAACUGAAUUCGCAGAGCUUAAAAAAGGAGAUGUGGUCCUUGAUUUAGGUUCAGGAGCUGGAAAUGAUUGUUUCAUAGCAAAAGCAUAGGUUGGGGAAGGUGGAAGAGUCAUUGGUGUUGAUAUGACACCUAGUAUGAUACGAAAAGCUUAAUUGAAUUCAGAUAAAUACAAUAUUAGAAAUGUUGAAUUUAGAUAGGGUGAUAUUACAGAUAUACCUGUUUUGGAUAAUUAUGUUGAUGUUGUCAUUAGUAAUUGUGUAAUCAAUUUGGUGCCUGAUAAAAGAAAAGUAUUUUCAGAAAUCCAUAGAGUCUUGAAAUAGAAUGGUCACUUCUCUAUUAGUGAUGUUCUUUCUACUGGCGAUUUGCCUUUAGCGAUUAGAAAAGCUUAGGAAUUGCAUAUAGGUGGAGUUUCAGGAGCCCUUAGAAAAGACAUUUAUUUAAAAACACUCGAAGACUUAGGAUUUAUUGAUAUCUAAAUUAAAAAAGAAAAAGUAAUUGAUUUCCCUGAUGAACUGAUGUUAAAGUAUGUUUCUUAGGAAGAGUUAAACGAAUUCUAAAAUAGUGGAACCAAAAUUUUAAGUGCAACCAUAUUUGCAAGAAAAAAAUGA